CCUAAUUAUAACACUUUAUAUAUAGAGAGUAGAGACCGCGUUUAUCAACCGUCCGAUUUAAUAGCCCAGCCCGCAUUUGUUCAGGCAUGAUAGGCGACCACGGGAAGCCUGCAGCGACGAUCCAGUGAGAGAGCUUUAUAUUCGUUCCCUAAUCUCCAAUUUUCAAGUUGAAGUUGGAAAGCUUUUCAAACAUGAGUGGGUUGAAGAGGAUCACAUAAUCUGUUCUUACACUUCCACUUGAGAUCCUCAUUGAUAUACUCACUCGGAUGAUUCGUUUGCUGAUCUUCAUUACAGAAGGUGCUCGACCCUUCGCCAUAGGAUGAGCAUUCUCAUCUCUUUUGUAACCAAAGCAGGUCAGACCCGUGUGUAUUAUACAAUAAACUUCACUGAUGAAACCCGAGGAACUCUCGAGGCCAACCGUGUGCCAUAUUUUGAUGAAUGUCCACAAAGUCAUUUAGGGAUGUAUGCCAAGGGCCUGUUUUCGCUGCUCACAGAUUCAAGAGAUGAUGUAAUUUGCAACCCUCAUACAAGGCAGCACAUUUCUCUUCCAAGAAUAUGUGUGAAUAGCAGUCCCCUUGAAUUGAAUUGUGAGCGGUUGGGUUUUGAUCCAGUCUUGAAAAAAUACAAGCUUUUGAAGUCCGUAUGGUCUUCUGAAUCCGGGAAUCGUAUUGUUAAUGGCAUUCCCAUCACUCAUAAGUCAUACCUGGAUGAGGCAAUGGGUUUUCACUCUAGGAGUGGAUCAAUCAUGGAGGGAGAUAAAAUGCAUCCAGUUUUAUUAUGCUAAUAUCUCCUCCCAUCACUUUUUCCAUAGUGUCAAAUUGAUCGUAUUAUCUAUUCAUUUAACUGGAAGUACUUUGGUAGUUCAGUUCCCGGGAAUAUAGCAGCAUUUGACGUUUGUGCUGAGAGCACACAUAUGAUUCCUUUUCCGCUGGACUUUUCAUCACAAUGCUCACAACUUAUGACUACUGGUUUAGUUAUGAGGUCGGCAUUAGUUGAUCUGGAUGGUCGACUGGCCAUCGUUCAUGUUUCUAAAGGUGAUGACCGUAAGUACAACAGUAUGAUCAUAUGGAAGAUGGAGAAAUGUAUGGUGUGGAAGAAGCUUGCAAUUGCCAUUCCAUUGGAGGCGAGUCAAAUGUUUAGCCGACGUCUCCUACGUGUUACUACAAAUCAUUUUGGAGAAGUUAUGCUAUUCUUAAUAGGGAAAAGUAAGAGAAGUAAUACCGCAUUACUUCUACUUUAUAACUUCAAAUCACAAGUUUGGAGAAAGUUGGAUAUACAUGGGCUUCUGGAUAAACCGUCUCCUUAUUUUUGGGACACUGCUGUCAUGCACGUCAUUGUAGACAAUCUCUUUUCUGUUGCUGGAGGAUCAUCCAACUGCCCUUUGGCAUGUGCAGGCUAGUUUGUUGCAGAAGGCACCUGCUUAAUUAGAUGCAGUAAACUUGUGGACAUACUAGAUUUUCUUCAUGUAUUUGUGCUUGCCAUGGCUUGAAAAUAUGUGCUCAUAGGAGUCCUCGUUAUGUUUAUUUUAUAUUUAAUGGUAGCAUGCUACUUCUCCAACCAAAUAUGGGGCUCAUACCGCUAAUACUCUCUUUGUCUCAUUUAAAAGUUCACGUUCACCAUUCUCUGGUCAAUGUGAAUUGUUCUUAAUCUUUUACUUUAUAUAUCCAAC